CAUAAAAGAAUGAGAAUGUCAUAGAUGCGCAAUUGAAAGUUGUUACGAAAUUAUUUUCAAAUAAAUAAAUAAAUGUCAUUUGAUUUUCAUAUAAUGAAUGAAAACGGGAAUAAAAAUGGAUUCAAAUAAAAAUCACGCUAUCGCUGGUGCUAUCAGUGGAUUUAUGACAAGACUGAUAUGUCAACCACUGGAUGUCAUAAAAAUAAGAUUUCAGUUACAAGUCGAGCCGAUAUCUCGUAGACAUGUAAGUAAAUAUCAGUCACUAUUCCAAGCAACGUCAACGAUUAUCCAUGAGGAAGGUCUUCUAGCUCUAUGGAAAGGUCAUGUACCUGCUCAAUUUUUGUCAAUAACUUAUGGGAUGGCUCAGUUUUACAGUUACAAUAAACUGAUGGAGCUGAUGACAAAUACAAGAAUAAGUAACUGGCAGUUCUCAAUGAAUUUUAUUGCUGGUGCAACGGCUGGUAGUAUUGCAACAAUUGCUUCAUUUCCCUUUGAUAUCGCAAGAACUAGAUUAGUCGCGCAAUCUUCCAACCACAAGAUUUACACCGGGUUAUUUAAUUGUUACGCGACAAUUUUAAAGAAUGAGUCAGUGAGAACUUUAUUUCGUGGACUUUCACUAACUUUAUUGCAAAUAGCUCCACAUACUGGACUACAAUUUCUCUUUUAUAAUAUAUCAACAAAGUUAUACAAAAGAUUAAAGCCUGAUACCGAUACAACAGUUACCAAUUCAUUGGUAUCUGGUAGUAUCGCUGGAUUGCUGUCAAAAACUGCGAUAUAUCCAAUGGAUUUGGCGCGCAAACGCUUGCAGAUCCAAGGAUUCGAACACGGCAGAGUUGGGUUCGGUAAAUUUUUCCAGUGCGGUGGUUUGAUUGAUUGUUUUGUUCGUAUUGUCAAAGAAGAAGGCGUACUUGGUUUAUUCAAAGGAUUACUUCCUAGUCAAGUGAAAGCCACCGCAACAAGUUCUUUACAUUUUACAUUUUAUGAACAAGCUCUACAACUACUGAGAUUUGUACAUUAAUUUAUUAAUAUAUUCAUACAUAUAUGUAUAAUAAUUUAUAUAAUUUAAAUCAAAAGUUAAUUAUAAUAUUAGUUAUAUAAAUCGACUAGACGAUAAUUUUUUUAUCGGUAAUGUAAAUAAUUAGCCAUCGUUUUAAACCAACGAGCGUUUGAACGAAUUGACAGACAAACGAUGGCAUUUUAUAUAAAUAUAUGUGUGUAUUUAUUAUUGACAUUAAAUUUUAAAUAAUUAUUUGUA